UGGAGCGCGCUCGCUGUCAGAUAGCGGAGUCAGACCGACGGAGAAACACCCGCACCGCCCGCUCCGUCCCUCUGUAGCAAACCCCUCCGUCUCUCGGCGCCUCUCCAAAGGCUUCCCCACGGCUCCAACGGCCGGCUAGCUGCGGGGCGGACCCGUCUUGUUGUUGUUGCUCUUAUUUUUUUUUAUUUUUGCGCCGCUUUUCUUUUUCGCCCGAACCAACUAACGGUUCAUUCUUUCGGAGUUGUUUCAGGAGAGAGCAGCCAGUGAGAGAGAGAGAGCGAGGGGGGAGAGCCAUGGCCACCACCACCUGCACGCGAUUCACGGACGAAUAUCAGCUGUACGAGGAGCUGGGCAAGGGUGCAUUCUCAGUGGUGCGCAGAUGUGUCAAGCUGUCGACGGGGCAGGAGUACGCCGCCAAAAUAAUCAACACCAAAAAGUUAUCUGCAAGAGAUCACCAGAAGCUGGAGCGAGAGGCCCGGAUCUGCCGCCUCUUGAAACACCCCAACAUCGUUCGUCUUCACGACAGUAUAUCAGAGGAGGGCUUCCACUACCUGCUCUUUGACCUGGUGACCGGAGGGGAACUGUUUGAGGACAUCGUAGCCAGAGAGUAUUACAGCGAGGCGGACGCCAGUCAUUGCAUCCAGCAGAUCCUGGAGGCGGUGCUUCACUGCCAUCAAAUGGGCGUGGUGCACCGGGACCUGAAGCCAGAGAACCUGCUCCUCGCGAGCAAGUGUAAGAACGCAGCAGUGAAGCUUGCCGACUUUGGCCUGGCCAUCGAGGUGCAGGGGGAUCAGCAGGCCUGGUUCGGGUUUGCUGGAACACCGGGAUACCUGUCCCCCGAGGUAUUGAGGAAGGAGGCAUAUGGCAAACCUGUGGACAUCUGGGCCUGCGGGGUGAUUCUCUACAUCCUGCUGGUGGGCUACCCUCCUUUCUGGGACGAGGACCAGCACAAGCUGUACCAACAGAUCAAGGCCGGGGCUUAUGAUUUUCCAUCCCCAGAGUGGGACACAGUCACUCCAGAGGCCAAAAACCUGAUCAACCAGAUGCUCACAAUCAACCCGGCCAAGAGGAUCACUGCUCAGGAGGCCCUAAAGCACCCAUGGGUCUGCCAACGCUCCACAGUGGCAUCUAUGAUGCACCGACAGGAAACUGUGGAGUGCCUGAAGAAAUUCAACGCCAGGAGGAAACUCAAGGGGGCGAUUCUUACCACCAUGCUGGUUUCUCGAAAUUUCUCAGUCGGCAGCAGGCAGACCACCGCUCCGGCCUCUGUGACUGCGGCCGCGGCAGCUGUGGCCGCAGCCGCCGGCACCACCGCAGGGCUGGUGGAACAAGCCAAGACCUUGCUCAACAAAAAGGCAGAUGUUAAGAAACGCAAGUCCAGCUCGACUGUCCAGUACAUGCCCCAGACAAACAGCACCAAAAACAGCAUAGUCACCAGUCCCAAAGGAAACAUCCCUUCACCUGCUCUGGAACCUCAGACAACUGUCAUCCAUAAUCCGGUGGACGGGACAAAGGAAUCCUCAGACAGCAGCAACACCACCGUGGAGGACGAGGACGUGAAAGGAAAGAGCUUAGACAGCAGCUCGCUUAAGGCGCAGUCCAGCACAAGUUCCCAGCCUGAUAGCAGUCAGGGCUCCUCAGCUGCUGUGCACUCUGCUGCGAGGUUCGCUGACCUGCUGGGCUCGGUGCGUAGGGGCUCAGGGCCCAUUACCGACGGAGAAGGCCGAGCCAGCACUCCGCCCCCCGCUGUCCUCUCCGCCCCCUCCCCUCCACACACCCCCGUUGUCCCCAUGCAGAUGUCCCGGCUCACAGACCUGGUAAGCAGCGUUCGCAGGGCGCCGCCGCCAGCCGCACCUGAAGGCGACGCCGCCUCGGCGCCGGCUCCCAGCGCCAAGCCGGCCCCUCCACCUGCACACACCACUCCCCCACCUCCCUCCCACUCCCCCUCCUGUCCCUCCCUGUCCUCCUCCCAGACGCGCAAACAAGAAAUCAUCAAGAUCACCGAACAGCUGAUCGAGGCCAUCAACAACGGAGACUUUGAUGCUUACGCGAAGAUCUGCGAUCCUGGACUGACUUCGUUUGAACCGGAGGCGUUGGGAAACCUGGUGGAGGGAAUGGAUUUCCACAGAUUCUACUUUGAGAAUCUCUUGGCUAAGAACAACAAGCCCAUCCACACCACCAUCCUGAACCCCCACGUCCACCUGAUCGGCGAGGACGCCGCCUGCAUCGCGUACAUCCGGCUGACUCAGUUUGUCGACAACCAGGGCCGGCCGCGCUCCAGCCAGUCGGAGGAGACGCGCGUCUGGCAUCGCAGAGACAGCAAGUGGCAGAACAUCCACUUCCACUGCUCGGGCGCGCCAGCUGCGCCUCUCCAGUGAGGGGUUGAAUCCUGUAGUUGUGUCUGUCAGGAAUGAUCUGCUGGAGAGAAGAAGAGAAGAAGAGGAGGAGGAGGAGGAGGAAGGGAUGAAGGAACACAUCCAGUGUUGACCAGGAGGACAUGACUCGUCACGCCUGAACACAUAAAAAUCCCUCGCUCACUGGACUCCCAGCCUCCAUCCCCCAGCAUGCACCUCUACUUUUACAGCUACGAGCCCCUGACAGCCACCUCUCAUCGCUCAGCCGCUCCCCACCCGCCGCCUUCUUCUUCUUCUUCUUCUCCUCCUCCUCUGCGGCUCGCUGGGUGUUUGAUUCGUGGGCGUGACUCCUCCUCUUUGCGGUCUCUCUCCCAAACCCCGCGACAUUUUCGUGACACCGCCCCUCUUGUCCUCCUGUGAAUCUGCACCUGUGUGACAUAAACACUGCACUGGAAAUUCAGUAUGUAAAGUUUUAAGUAAAAUCUAUAAUUAUCAUUACUAUAGUAUGAUUAUCAUUGUUACACAUUUGCAAUUGUAUAUGUAAUUUGUAUAAUUCAGAUUUAUUGAUGCCAGUGGUUUUUAGAGUCGAAGGAAUUGUUUUGUUUGUUUGUUUUUAUCUUUUUAAGGAAGCAUGUUUUCUCCCCCCCCCCCCCCCCCCCCCAUAGUAACAGUGGCUGUUUUAUCCUUUUCUGUGGCUGUUAAGUGGAAAAAAGGGUUAAUUGGCCGUUUUUAUAAGUUGCUGCUUCUGCUGUAGUUCUGAAGUCGUGCUUUCUGUCGGGUUUAGCAUUUUUACUUUUUAUUUUUUUUUGUCCGGUCUCCGUUGUUGCUUCUUGGAAGGGCGUGUUUCUGACGGCUGCCACUUCCGAAUGUCGGGUACGAUG